CUCCUCUUCCUCUUCUUCCUCUUCCUCCUCUUCUUCUUCCUCCUUCUCCUCUUCCUCUUCCUCUGUGAAUCACAGCUAUGCAGGGUGUGAUUAGAGAAAUCGAGGUGUCGGUAAAGGAUUGCUAGACUAAACGGUUGAUUUGAAGGCUGUGGGCAGUCAUAAAAGGUGAUGGGCGGGCCUUUAUUUUGACAGGCAAGCGUUAACAGCCUGGGUAACCAAUCAGACUGCGUUAUAUUCAGUCCUGAUGUGAAAUGUUCCGGUAAGUGGCGGCGUCCUUGCGGAACUGGAGACUGCGCGCGGCUGAGACGUGCCGGGAUGCGACCACGUUUAACUACGCACAAAGGAUUUCCUGAGCAAGUAUUCCAUCUCUUUAUCAAACGCAGUAUGGCAUUUUACCUCUGUAGCCUACGUGCAAUGCAUACUGAGGACCUGGCUUCUCCACUGGAAGCCAUUCUAGCAGUCUGAAUUUAAUAAGCCUUCAUAUACAGGCUGUAAUUACUGGUUUAUUAUCUGACGCGACAUUCAGGUGUUGAUGCGGCUGUCUUGAUGGAGUGAUCUGGCAGCGAGAAUCCAAUGGCCUCCGUGGAGCUGCUUUACAUAGAUAAAGAGAGAGGGCGAGACGAUGCACUGGAUGCCCCUGAUUGGGUCCGACCUGUUCAAGUUCAUGGGACAGAUGGUCCGGCUGAAGAAACGACCCCCGGGGAACAUGAAAGCAGUUCACAUGGGAAAGUGGUUGUCACAGAGGCUCAGCGUCAUUCAGCACCAAAGAUGACCCCCAGCAAAGGACUAUCGGGCAAGCACUUUCAUCAUGAGAAGGUCAGGGUGUGUUGUGACGAGGAGCUGGAGACCUCUUUCACUUACGUUGAUGAAAAUGUGAAUCUGAGACUGGCCACUCCAGAUAUAAGCGAGAAAAGCCUCCAUGAUGGGACGCCUUGCCCUGAUUCCCCAAACGAGAACCGCCUUGAAUUUUCCCUAAUGUCCGACCUGACGUCUGAGAGCUCAGGAAAGCCAGUAGAUUAUGGAUUUAUCAGUGCCGUCACCUUCCUAGUGACAGGAAUAACUUUAGUAAUCAUAUCUUACUCUGUCCCUCGUGACUCAGGAGUAAACCCAGACACCGUCUCGGCGCGAGAGAUGGAGAGACUCGAAAGUGAGAGUGCCAGGCUCGGGGCGCACCUGGAUCGGUGUGUCAUUGCCGGGCUUUGCCUUCUCACGUUAGGUGGGGUAGUGCUUUCUACUCUGUUGAUGAUUUCAAUGUGGAAAGGGGAGAUGUACAGGAGAAAGGCCUUCUCAUAUUCCAAGCACUCAGCGAAGCUGUACGGCUCGACUAAUUUGAGAACAAAAUCAAGCUCUGCUCAGUCAUCAGCACACAAUUUUGUUGAGGAAGACUCUGGUGGUAAUCUAAGCUAAUUUUUUUUUAUUUCUCUUUGUAAACAUGUGCCGAAAUUAGACUUUACAACAUACCCAAAAAGUGUGUUGUUGAUAGGUCUUUUCCACUGGACACUGUUUUACAGCAAGCCUCGUAACUCCUACUGAUCCAAAUCUAGAGCUAGCCUUGCCUUGGUAAAGCACCGUGCCAGUUUCUCCUCACAAAACAGUUUAUUUGAAAGCAGUUCUCUGAGGGUUGUGGGGUGGCAACAUCAUUUCCUAUGCAACACUAACAGUAGCAACAGUACCACAGCAACUUUUCCAUACACACACACUGAUGAGGGCUUAUACACUUUUCUGUUGUACUUGAUGAAAUAAUUAUCAGACACUACUACUGAAAAUUGCUGUGCCUUACUGUCUGGUAAAAGGUGAUUCUAGGUAGCUAGUGUUUUUUUAUUUAAUGGUGGUUUUCUGAUUCGUGUGAUGACCACGAUGAUUCUGUGGCGAAUCCGAUUGACUAAUCAAUCUGCAUUAUUUAUAGCUCCACUGGUAUGACCCUGUUUACCCUUGUAUGAAGUGUAACCAAAUUCAUCAUGGGCAUUUAUACUGCAAAAAGAUGAAAAUAUCUGUCUAAUAUUUCCUAUUAUAAGAUUACAAUAACCCAAAUAUAAGAUUAUUAAACCUAUUUCUAGCCUUUUAUUACUCAUUUGAAGCCUUGUCCUAUUGGCAGAUAAUUUUGCUAAUUUUAAGCAUUUAUUUCUAGAAAGAAGCAAAAUCAGCUGCCAAUAGAAUAAGAGAAUUUAAAAAUUGAAAUAAUGCCUAGAAAUAGGUUUAAUAAUCUUAUAUUUAGUUUAUUGUAAUCAUAUAAUAGGAAAUAGAUGAAUUUAACUAUAUUGAAGAUAUUUUCACAUAACUUUUUUACACUAUAGUUACGGUACACUGCAAAAUCUAUGUUUUAGCAACAAAAACAUCUUGAUUUAGCCAAAUUCAACUAAUAUUUAUCUUUAUUAGAUUAAGAUUAUUAAACCUAUUUCUAGAUGUGUUUUAGUCAUUUCAAGCAAUUAUUCUACUGACAGAUAAUUUAGCUUAUUUUGUGUGUUCAUUUUUAAAAGAAAGCAAAAUUAUCCACCAAUAGAAUAAGAAAGUUUUAAGCUUAAAAUUAGUAAAUAUGUCCACAAAAAUUUGCAGUGUAUAGCAAUGAAAAUCAUGGAAAAAUAUUGUUAUCGUACUGUCUAAUACCGAAGUGUCCAGUGGAAAAGUGCUAUUAGUCACACAUUUAAUGGUCCUGUAAUAGUCUGUAGUUUUUUUGUUUUUAAAUAAUUUUUUUUAUUGGCUUAUACUAAAGAUAUUGUUCAACUAUAUAUUGUCUUAAAGUUAGCACUUUUAAAAGGAUUAUUAGCGUUCUAUUUUUUCCCCUUGUACCCGUGUAACUAACCUUUUGUUGUGCUGGUGAGAUGUUUAAAGGCUGGUUAUAAUGUUUGGGCUCUACCCAUAAAAACUGACAUGAAUCAGAUCACACUUUUGCUGCUGCUGUCCUGACAAUCCUUCUCAGCUCUUACUGCUUUACUUCUUUAGAUAAUGCAGUUAAAUGUAAAUAUUUCCAGCCUUAAUUCAUUCAUCAGGAAAUGUGCAUUUCCAAAAAUCUGUGCAAAUAAGGGCUAGGUUUGGACGGAAAUCGAGUAACAAACCAGAACCCUAAAUCCAGAUGAACACUACACUCCGCAAAGUAUCACAGAUGUGCUGAAAAGUUAUGACGAUAAAGUUUGCUGCUUAUGUCUUGCCUUGAUCUAAACUUAUAUGCAAAUGCUGUAUUUCUUAGCAAAUAUGGUCCAUGCAGAAAUGUACACACUUAAAGCCUAAAGCUUCCUCAGUAACUUUAAGGGAAAUAAACAGCUGCUAAAUGUGUUUGGUUACUGUGAGGGAUUUUUCUUUACAUGUGAGUGUGUUUCUUCUCAACUAACUGAGUCAUAUGAAAUAUCAUUUAAAGCAUGAUAAAAUCUGCAAAACUAAGUCAUUUAAAUACAACUUGCAUGCUUCUAAUGACCUAUUUACUGAAUAUUGUCAUCACCUACGAUCACAGAAUGAAGAAAUGAAUGUAAACACUACUUGUGUUUUGUUAACUUUAAUAAACACAAUGUAUGCUCUUUAAUGUACAAAAUGAAUAAAACAUGCUGUUGUUAUUUCUUCACAGACUUACAUACUCAAGUUGCCACUUUAUUAUGUACACCUACCUUGUGCCGGCACUCACUGGCCUUUUCAUCCAGUUCAUCUGCCAUAUAGGUCACGUUGUAGGUCCACUGUCUGUCUGUAGUCCAUCUGUUUCUCAGCCUGUCAUUCAGUCGAAACAGACCAACACAGGAGCACUGCCAACAAGAUAUUACUUGGAUAGCAAUCCAUUCUCCAGUGCAGCAAUGACACAGCAAUGACUUGGUAGUGUGUGUGAUGCUGGUAUUAGUGUAUUUGACACAGCAGCUAUACUGGCUUAGAUGACUGACACCACCAAUCCUAUUGAGUAGACUCAUAACGUCCUGUCAGAGAAUGCUAGCCUUAAAACUGUUUUGGCAUCUGCUGACUUAAGCUGCC